AUGCACCGGAAAAUACUCAAUAGUCGCUCACUUUUCUCGAAUUCGGGUCGGAGGAUAAGAUACCCCAAUAUCAAGGGAAUAAUAAUGAAGUUGGAAGGAGAAUAUCGACCAGACCGCCACAUUGAAAUUGAUACCGACGAUGAGGAAAAUCGGGCCGAAAGAUUUUCCAAGGAGGAGGAGGAGGGCGACGACGACGACGACGAUGAACCUGAUUUAGCCGCCGCACCACCCUUAGUGAACUCUUCUUCUAGCAGCGUGGGAUCUCAUUCUUCUGGCUGGCCUCAAAGCUACAGGCAAUCGAUGGACAUGUAUACAAGUGUUACGCCUUCCUCAUAUAGCUUCCUAAGGGGCAGCUCCCCCCCGACUUCAGCAAACAAGAGACCUCAGAUUACUGUCCGUGAAUCUUCAUUUACUAGACCCCUUAUAUCUCCAACGAUCUUUGACAAAGAAGAGGUUACCUGCUCACAACAUUUUAAAAAGCUCCCAGUAGCUUCUGGCUCAAGGUUAUCUAUCGAAGAGUUACCAACACCAAAGCAAUGUUCAUAUGUACAGACAAUCCUCCAUGCAAUAAAUGCUUUAUGUGGUAUUGGAAUCCUUUCAACUCCAUAUGCAGUAAAGGAAGGGGGUUGGCUUAGCCUCAUUUUACUUCUAAUUUUUGGAGUAAUUACUUGCUAUACUGGUAUUUUGUUGAAGAGAUGUUUAGAAAGCUCUCCAGAACUCGAAACCUAUCCAGACAUUGGACAGGCUGCUUUUGGCAUGAUCGGUCGAAUAUGUAUAGCUAUUGUCCUAUACUUGGAACUUUACUCUUCUUGUGUGGAAUACUUGAUCAUGAUGAGCGACAACAUGGCUUCAAUGUUCCCACAUGCUCACCUGGAUUUUGCUGGAAUCCAUAUGGACUCCUAUCAACUUUGUGCAAUUGUAUCAACCCUUGUUAUAUUACCAACAGUUUGGCUUCGAAACCUCAGUUCGCUCUCAUAUAUUUCAGUUGGAGGAGUCAUCAUGUUAGUGGUGGUGGUAAUUUGCUUGUUGUGGGUAGGCGUGAUCAAUGAAGUGGGAUUUCAUCCAGGUGGAAGAGUUUUUGACCUGGCAAAACUGCCCCUUACAAUCGGUCUCUACAGUUUCUGCUAUGGCAGCCAUUCAGUGUUCCCAGAUAUUUACUCGUCCAUGAAGGAGCCUUCACAAUUUCCCUCCAUCCUCGUGAUCAGCUUCUCCACAGCAUUUUUUCUGUACACUGGGGUUGCAAUCUGCGGUUUCUCAAUGUUUGGCGAUGCUGUCAAGCCCCAGUUCACACUGAAUCUGCCUACGACAUUUACUGCUUCUGGCGUUGCUGCAUUGGUAGUGGUUUUAACACCCGUCUCAAAGUAUGCCUUGACAUUGAUCCCUGUUGCAUUUGGACUAGAAGACCUUUUGCCUUCAUCACGGCUUCGAUCUUAUGGUGUAUCAAUGCUCAUCAGGACAAUGUUAGUGGGCUCAACUCUAGCCAUAGCGUUGACAGUUCCAUAUUUCGGAUCUGUGAUGGCCUUAAUUGGAUCCUUACUCGUGAUGCUAGUGUCUCUUAUCCUUCCCUGUGCUUGCUACAUCAGAAUAAGUGGUGGUAAAUUAACGAACCUCCAGAUCGCAGUUUGCACUGUCAUAAUGGUGGUGGGCCUGUUAUGCUCAAUCGUUGGCACAUACUCUGCCAUUACAAAUUUACAAUCCUAG